GCUUGUCACUAUCCGUCGCUCGAUGGUGUUAUUGGAGUUCGUUUAGCGGAGCUGCAAAGCAGCUGAAGUUAGACUUCACCUCACAUCUGAAGCCGCUCAUAUCAGUGUUUGUGGCCAGAGCAGGGCAGCUAAAGAAAACCCUGAGGGUCAUAGAUGGGAGACAGACAUGUUAUUGAGGAUCAUCAUCAUCCCUGCUGGGAAACAGAGGACUCUGAUGUAAAGAUUUUGGGGUUCAUGCUGCGCUGCCAUCUGCUUUGCUCUCUGGACAGACGGGCCCUGCCCGACCCUGGAGUCAGAGCCUGGCACGCCCCCCUUUCAUCUGAAGCUUUUCCCUCUUCACGACCUGGAGGACACAAAACGCUUACGAGGUGUGGACCAAGGAGAUAAGGAAAACAACUAGAGACAUUCAUACGUACAGUGGAUUGCUAAAACCUGGACUAAAGAGCCCCAGACUUCCUCUGUUCUGACCCCACAGUGGCUCUAUAAUAUAUUCUUAACCCUUCCAAGACCAUCAACUAUCUGUUAUUACCUUCUUGAUUGUUAGCAUUGUUCGAUUGUUUUGUAGUCCUAUCAACAUAUCGUAUUUUCCAUUCCAUUUCCUCCCUCAAGUGGCCAGACCCCUCUUUUAGCAACAACUAUUAUUAUUCUGUUUGCAUUCAACCGCUGUCCCACUGAUCUGAUUAGUCUCAGGUCUGCAGGCUUGGACACGCUGAAAACAGGAAACAAGGACGUGUGUCAUCAAAUCGUUUCCAGUUCCGCUGUGCUAAUCUCUAAAAAGCAGGGGCUGGUGUAUAACACCUGGACACCAAAGCCACAUCUGGAUCCAUUUAGCUACUGUGAGAGUGUGUGUGCAUCAGCUAUUUGUCCCUUGCUGUGUCAUGUCGUCUUCCCUCGAGCCACGCCUGCUGUUGAGAAGACCAGACGGGCUGGGGCUGAAAUAAGCAGACUUGUGAUUUUGUUCUCCUUAAGGGCAAGCUGAAGUCCAGUGUGCUCCCACUUGUGCUAGACUAUAAAACUCACAGAAGUUUUUUCUCUUCCUGUCCAAUCUGGCCGAGUUGCCUAUACUCCCGAGUGUCCAGACGGUGUGCAGGUUCUGCGGGCGAGGCGUGUGGAGGAUGAGCGAUGUUCCCCCACUGGAGUACGAGCCGCUCUCCCCUGCGCUUCCCAGCAGGCCUCCGCUGGCUGCAGACGCUGAGCAGAGAACGGCUCUAGCCUUUGUGGGCCUGCUCAUGCUCUUCCUGCUCUUCCUGCUGGUGCGCUGCUUCCGCAUUCUGCUUGAUCCCUAUAGCCGCAUGCCGGCCUCGUCCUGGACUGACCACAAAGAGGGCCUGGAGAGGGGCCAGUUCGACUACGCGCUGGUGUAAAACACUGCCCAGCGAUGGUGGACGAGCCGAGAGCCUCUGCCUUUGCUCUUUCUGUGGUCAGCCCUCGACAGCUUCACCACCUCCCUGGGAAUCUCUGUUUAUUACAUCCUGUAGUAACUCUUCAGGGCUACAAGGUUUGCCUUUGAGCAGUGCUGCCUGGACUAUGAUCCACUUUUACCCUAGCCCAUAAAAUCUGCAGAGUAUUCAAAGACAAAAUUGAGCCAGAGUCCGGUACUACGAACUACUACCAUUCCAUUGAUUAUGAAAAACUAAUACAGUUUUGUCAGUUAAUAUUUUUUAGAUUUACCAGGCCAGAAUAAUGUGUUUUUAUUAAGGCAGUAUAAGUUUUUUUGUUGGUAAAUGCCAAGAAUUAGCACUGUGUGUUGUACAGUAAAUAUAUGAAGUGACAUUUAAUUUUUUGUUUUGUAUUAUGGGAUAAACAGGACAUUUUGUUAACAAAGUGCUUCUGAUGAGUGCACCAGAUAAACCAUAGUUAGACCCAUUUUCUUUCAUACUGACAAAAAUGAAUUUGUCUUAAGUAAUAAAUCUGAAUGCAGCAAUCCGAUCCUCUGCAUCUGUAUUAGACCAAUAAUGGCCUGAAAUCCUAGAUGUUUAUUUGACAUAUUUGACUUCUUAUCCACUGUAUGUCUUAUUUUAUUUUUACUAGCUCAGUCAUAAUUACUUCUAUUGUAUGUCCAUCAUUAAUUUAAAUACAACAGCAUCGGGCAUUCUUACAGUAAUAAUUCUUACAGUAUAAAACAUGUUUUGCAAUUACUGAAGAGUUGUAUGUGAAAUUUAUAUGUUAAGAGUUAUGGAUCAGUAUAAACCCAUAUUACUGCCCUGAUUUCUGCCAUAUAAUUUUUUUUUAUUUUUUUUUUUAUGGUGUCUCUAAAUGCCAACUAGGGAAUGUAUUAGUUUUUGAUAAAUGAGGAGCUGUUCUUGGUAGUGGACUCUGAGAAAGGGUGAAUGAGAUAAUUUUGCACAUUUAGAUCAUCAUGCUUGGGAAGCCACUGUUCAUGUUUGCCGGCUAUCAAUUUCCACAGCAAGGCUGCUAUAUUGGAUUGACUAUUUCCACAUAGAUCCCAAGCUUGAAUUAAGAAAAUGCCGGUCACUAGGGAGAUCUUUCAAUUGCUGAAGGCGUGAGGUUUGGAGGCCAGCUCUCCUGGGAAAUUCUGCAAAUUUAGGUUGCACUUUGUGGCAGUAAUUUAUGAUAACGUGGAAAUCUCUGCACUAAAAACAUGAGAUCGAGAUCCAGGUGUAUUUCCUUUCUGAAAAGAUCAUAAUAAUACACACCACUUUAAUAAUCUGUGUAUUGCUAUAAAUCUUUUUAGAAUUCAACUGAAAGGGGGAAAAACAAGUUAUUUUUUGUUUCCACAACAAAAGGAUUUUGUAUUUUGAAGACUGCAUGACAUUAGAUUGCUUUGUCAAGACUGUAAAUUGUGAGAGUGGAGUCAGAGCUUAUUUUCAAAAACGGUAUGCUGGUGCAUUACAACAAGAGCUACAACAGCAAAAACAGUCUUUGUUAAAGCUACUGUUCAAAUUAUUUAGUUCAGUUACUGAGGUCCAAGGUAUACUUUUGUGCUGCCGCUUUUGCCUGUCUUUACAGGAUUUGUCGAGCAGUUUAUGCCUUGUUCAUAAUAUACUAGGCAAGCUCUCAGUUUUCAGUUCAAGCUUUCAUUUUUAACCCUGAAACAUUUCAUUAAGUUGCUAAGCUAACCCUUGUAGUGUAGUGUUGGAAACAUCAUUGAAUUAAAUACAAAGUACUUUUGACUUGUCACUUCUUACUGGCUGGAUGUAAGGCCAAGUCUUCAGCCAUUUCCUGUUUGUAGACGAGUCAGGUCGCUUAUAUUUCUUGAUGGAGUUACCUAAUGACUUGUUGAGUCUCAACUCAGUGAUCUCAAUGAUCUUAACAAUCACUCAAGCCUCAAGCAGAAGUCAUUUUAAACAAAAAAAGGCAUUUUUAACAAAAAACUAUUUACUGUAACUUGUGCAAGUAACUAUCCAAUCAGAUUUUUCAAAUGUUUACGCAAUUUAAUGAAACCAUGAUAUGAUUUAUGAUAUCCAUAGGAGAACGAAGUUGCUGGAUUGGGAACAGGUACAAAAAAACGUAUUAAAAUAUGAAACGUUAGCGACAGCAUCAGACAGGGUUAAUCAAACAAUUCUUCUCUGAAUUGUGCCUUGUGCCGGAUGAGUGUGUAUGCCUUUAUAGGGAUGUCAUAGUCUAUAUUUGGAUAUGGAAACCUCAUGGUGAAAAAUAGUUGCUUUUUUUUAUUUUUAAGCAAGAUAAGUAAAAAAAAAAUAAAUCCAUCCAUACUUACAGAUAGAUAUCAAAGAAACCACAGGAAGAGUUCCAGGCCAUUUACAAUAAGCACAGAGGUUGUUUGGUAUAUACUGUCAUCUUGAUAUUGAUGGCGAUCGCAUCGAUUUGCACUCUAAACAAUAUUAGUUGGCUCUUGUAUUCAGUUCAACAAUAUUUUAUUUUGUGUAAGAAGAAAUACAUAAAGUACAUUCUCAAAAUGCAGGUUACUACUGUAGAUUGCUCAUCAGGUUUCAAAGUUCAAAUGUGGGUCAGUUGGGAUGUAUGGUUCCAAGCUCAUCAGCUAAACCCUGCCUCAUCCACAAAAGAGCAACCCCCUUUUUAACUAAUUAAUUUAAUCAACUGACAGAUAAUCUGACCAUUUUAAAGUAGUUUUCAGACCACAGGCAAAUACAUGUGCUUAGCUAAAAAGGAAAUGAAAGGCAGUGUACUUCCCAAAGGGACAGACUUUGAUAAUCACAGCUAUAGCUAGUUUUGCUUAGCAUUACAGACAUUGCUAGCUAUUUGUAAGCUGUGCACUGGAUUUUCCAUCAAACCAGUUUAAUCUACCGAUUUGACUUCGUCACUAAGCUUAGUAACUGCUAGCAUAUAAGACAAGAACCUCACACAGGACUGCCAUACUUACCUUUCUGCUCCGUUAAAAUCAAAUGCAGUGUGACUGCUACGUAAGGCUACUAUCACCAGACUGCUGUAAUAGACACUGAAUAAUCCUAUUUACAAACUAUAUUAAAAUCACUUUGGAUAAAAUUGAUAAUCAACUAAUAUGUGCACCUAACAUGUAAACACUGUUCACCUGCUAUGUGAAAGUCCCCUCAAAUUGUUGCCUUCAACCACCCGUACGUAGCACUCUUCUUUGUUCCCUGAUGGUGUGUUGUUUCCUUGGUGUUUACAGGAGCAGAAUCCCCUUUAAGAUGUCAGAUAAGUGAUAUUGCUGCAGUGUAUUUCAGUGUAUUUGUAUCAUUUAUAAGCCAUAUCUAUCUAUUAUCUAUCUAACUAUCUAUCUAUAUAUGUAUAUAUAUGCAGUGUUAUGUUGUGUGGUCAUUAGCCGUAGCCGAACUUCCGAGCUCUGUGACUGUGUAGUGAGUAACUGUGUGAGUUUUAGAACUAAUGAAAGUGCUUUAUUUUUGUAUUCAGACUCAGAUUUGGAGUCUCAUUUUGCUAAUACUGUACUGUAUGUAUUCAGUUUAAGAUUUCUAGCGCAAUGUCUCACUGGAUCAAGGAAAAAAAAACAUAAUGUGUUGCUUAGGUGUGUUUUUGAUAUUUGUACUGUAAGCAGAUUGGAUAUUUUCCUAAGUCCUUUGUUUUUGCUAAGCUGGGGCAAUAGUGUCAAAUAAAGUGGGGUUUUAUUCACUUUAUGCCUCAGAAAUAUUCAGUAAUAAAAUGACACUUUCUACAUUA